CAAACAGAUUCCUCCUGCCCAAAAUUGCCUCUGAAACAAAAAUCGAAGCCCCUCGAAAAAUGCCCAUGGAAUAUGGCUUCCAAACCCCUUAUCUCAUGCCCUAUUUUCGCGCCACCAUUUCCAUCCCACCACCACAGGCCCGGCACCGCGGUGGGCUUUUCUCGGUGGAACAACGCCAACGCUGAGAAGUUCAAACGCCAGGAGCGAACCCAGAAGGAAAUCGAAGACGAGAUCCGCUUCCACAAGCGACAUAACGCCGCCCUCAACAUCAUCAGCAAUUACAGUCCUGCCCCUCCGUCUCCGGUCACCGGCACCUUUAAAUCCAUCGGCACCCCCUCUGCUCCUUCCAAGCCUUCCAUUCCAGGUAAGAAAUCGAAAUACUCUAAACCUCCCAAGGAUUCUGGGCCCCCACACCCGGCCUUUCGGCCCGUUGUUCGUCUCAGGAAGAUCCCAGAUGUGGGCGGAAGUUCCAAAAUCUACCGCCGCACUGACGCGGAUGAGCCCAAGAUUGAACCACAAGAAUCGAGCACCAACAUCAGUGUUAACGAAAAUGGCGUCACUUAUGAGUUCCCAGAAGCUCCAUUCGUGUACCAGUAUAGUUACACCGAGACACCAAAGGUGAAGCCUUUGAAGCUCAGGGAGCCAUUAGUAAUGCCCUUUGAGUCGAAAACCAUGACAAGACCAUGGACAGGGAGAAAGCCCCUCCCUCCUAGCAAGAAGAAGUUGCCAGAAUUUGAUUCCUUCAAGCUCCCUCCUCCCCAUAAGAAGGGAGUGAAGCCAGUUCAAGCUCCGGGUCCUUUCUUGGCAGGGUCUGGACCAAAGUAUGCGAAGUCAAGGGAGGAUAUCAUGGGGGAACCUUUGACAAAGGAGGAAAUCGAGGAGCACAUUAACAGCUGUAAGAACUCGAAACGACAACUGAAUAUGGGAAGAGACGGACUGACCCAUAAUAUGUUAGAGAACAUACACGCUCUUUGGAAGCGAAAGAGGGUGUGCAAGAUAAAGUGCAAAGGGGUGUGUACUGUAGACAUGCAGAAUGUACGAGAGAAACUGGAGGAAAAGACAGGAGGCAAAAUUAUAUAUAGUCAAGGUGGUGUGAUUUACCUCUUUCGUGGCAGAAACUACAACUACAAAACACGCCCAAGGUUCCCUCUGAUGUUGUGGCGUCCCAUUACUCCGGUAUAUCCUAAGCUAGUGCAAAAAGUUCCUGAGGGCCUAACAUUAGAGGAAGCAUCUGAAAUGCGUAAAAAAGGACGCAAUUUAUUGCCAAUUUGCAAGAUUGCAAAAAAUGGUGUAUACACUAACCUUGUGAAGAAUGUUAGAGACGCAUUUGAUAGUUGUGAGUUGGUGAGAAUCAACUGCCAAGGGACGAACCCAAGUGACUACCGGAAGAUAGGUGCAAAACUUAAGGAUCUUGUUCCAUGUGUGUUAAUCUCAUUUGAGCAUGAACAUAUACUCAUGUGGAGGGGACGAGAGUGGAAACCCUAUACACCUGACAUUGAAGAUAAACCAAAGAGAACGGAAACUAUAGCUAACAAUGCAUCCUUAGCUACUCCUUUAGAGGAGAAAGCAUCACCAUCAGUGCAUCCUGAAGAAGGGAGUGAAAACAAGAGAAUAUCUGAGACUUCACUUUCGCGCGAGGAGCAGUUAGAAUGUUCAUCUCCGGUCCCAUUGGAUGAGCAGCAGCAGCAGCAAGCUGAACCAGAAAACCUAAACAACAGCAAUAAGCCGGUUUGGACAGAGGGCCUUACAUUGCUCUUGAGUCGGGCGAUUGAAAGCGGGAGUGCGGUUGUUUUAGAUGAUUCUUGUUUGGAUGCUGACAAUGUAUACAAAUCGGCAAUUUCUCUGGCCAAAUCUGCACCACCAGGUUCUGUCUUUAGACAUGAGCGCAAAAAAGCUGCACCAGAUCAGCAGGUCAACAAACAAGAAACUGGGUUUUUGGAGGCUCAAGGAAUAAUAGAACCCCCCAUGAGUGGACUAGCUGAAGAGAGUACUGCUUUAGUUCAGAUUGUAAAUGAGAGGAAAGUUUCAAGAAAAGGUGCGAGGCAAGAUCAUGUAAAUGUGGGCCUCAGGAUAGAUGAACUUGCUAAGUUACUAUCGUAGUUCUAAUUAGUUUCAUAAAGUAAUUAAUUAAAAUCAAUUUUACUUUUUCAUUUUCUCUUUUACAGUUUUUCAUUUUUUAUGUACAGCGAGAGUGACACUUUCACUCUUAUACUACCUCUGUCCCGCUAAAAAGUUUUUAGUUUUAUCUACACAUAUUAAGGAAAUAAACUUGUCAGGGGUAAAAACCGUAAAAUUUACUGUUUUGACAUUGUUUCGAUACUGUUUGC